AUGGCCAGUAUAAGGAUAACCAUCCUACUCCUGUUCCUGGCUCUCUCUUGUCUGUGUGUUCCUGACCCUCAGCUUUAAGGGACAAGGGCCAACUGUCCUCAGGAACUAGACCCCCUCCCACUCCUGGGAAACCUGCUAUAGCUUUACUCCCAAGAUCUACUGACCUCCCUCACCAAGGUGCAAAAGAAGUAUGACCCUGUGUACACGGUGCACCUGGGAUCCAAAUGGGUAGUGGUCCUCAGGUACCAAGCUAUGAGGGAGGCCCUGGUAGACCAAGAGAAGGAGUUUAAUGGCCAUAGCAACUGCCCCAUCUGUUUCAACUUCACCAAGGGCAAUGACAUCAUUUUCUCCAAUGGGAUGGAUGGAUGGAAGGUCCUGAGGAAGUUCUCUAUCCAGAUCCUAUGAAACUUCAGGAUGGGGAAGAGGAGCAUCAAGGAGGGCGUCUUGGAGGAAGGCCGCUUCCUGCUGGCAGACCUGCAGAAAACUGAAGGAGAGCCCUUCGACCCCAUAUUUGCGCUGAGUCACUCAGCGUCCAACAUUCUUUGUUCAGAGCUCUUCCGAAGACGCUUCCACUACUAUGAUGAGCACCUGCUCACGUUGAUCCCUGCCAUCAGUGACAACUGUCAAAUCAUGAGCAGCCGCUGGGGCGAAGUCAGGAGAUUGAGUUCAGCUGGGGACAGGAUGUUCCUGAGUCUCCUGGACUGGGUGCCGGGGUCACACCAACGCAUCUUCCACAACUUCAGGUCCAUGAAAGACAUCAUUGCUCUCAGCGUCUACGACCACCAAGCCACCCUGGACCCCACAUCUCCCCGGGACUUCAUUAAUUGCUUCCUCUCCAAAGUGGUACAGGAGAAGCAGGACCCGCUGAGCCACUUCCGCUUGGACACCCUGUUGAUGACCAUACUAAACCUGCUCUCAGGCAGCACCAAGACUGUGGGCACCACCCUGCGCCACACCUUUCUUGUGUUCAUGAAGUCCGCUAAAAUACAAGCGGGCGUGCAGGAGAUGGACCAGGUAGUGGGACAGGAAAGGGUGCCUGCGCCAGACGACCUGGCCGUGCCUUAUACAGAAGUGGUGAUUCAUGAGGUGUAGUACUUUGCAGACCUCAUCCCCAUGAACUUGCCACAUCGCGUCACUCAGGACACCAACUUUCACAGCUUCCUGCUACCCAAGAGCACAGAUAUAAUCACCCUCCUUAACACUGUCCACUAUGACCUCUGAGUCACUGUCUAUCUGACACCUGAGUUCAACCUGGAGCAUUUGGAUGCCAAUCAGUCGAAGAGCCCAGCCUUCACGACCUUCUCAGCUGGGAAGCAUGAUUGUGGCGGCGAACCGCCGACGUGCGUGGAGCUCUUCCUCUACCUCUCCGCCAUCCUGCAGAGCUUCUCCCUGCAGCCACUGGGGGCGCCCGAGGACAUCGAUCUGGGCCAGAUCGGCUGCUCCCCAGACAAUUUGCCGCGGCCCUACCAGCAGUGCUUGCACGAGCGCUGA